AUGGUUUUAAAGAAGAAGAAAGAAAUUCAGGUAGAUGCAUUCUUUCUUGAUCAUCACCAGCUUGAAAAACUUAAGAGGUUUUCAAAGUCUGAAGAGCAAAACUUGGCAUCUCUGCUUCUGUACUGUGCACAGCUGAGCAAUGGCAUCCAGCAGAUCCAGUGUAUUAAACAAAUUAUGCCGUUGGUAAAGAAGAUGGAUCAAAACUCUGCAUGUGAUCCCAUGGUUAAAGCUGGUUUGGAUGUCUUGGGAGAGGUAUAUUUAGCACUGGGUGCAAAGAAUCCCUUAAAAAAAGUAUUAGCAAGUUCACUGAAUGAUCUUCCUGAACAGUUUAUGACGUUAGCUGUAGAAAGCUUUGUAUGCUGCCUUAGGGAAGAACUGAAAACCGCAGACAUAUAUUUGUACAGAAAAGUACUGGACAACCUUGCUUCCUGUAUGGAGGACUUCAGCUUAGGUAGAGCAAGUAUUAAGAACCUGUUUGAAGAAGUUCUUCAGUUUCUGCAGAAGUCGCUACUUGACAUACAGGAAGAAAACAGGCAAAAUCAUGGAAAUCAUAUUGUUCAGACUCAGUUGAUGCACGAUUUACUGAUAGCUAUUAAAGUUUCCAUGAUGCUUGUACAAAAAUUGCCAGAAAAUAUCCAGGGAAGUCUUUGGAAACACCGUGAGUCUUUUGUUUGGCAAAGUAUGUGUAGUUUAUUGAAAAGCUCCACAAGCUUCCUAAUGGAUGAAACUCUCCUGCAAACUGUUCAGGCUACCUCAGGACUGGCUGUUAUUCUGUUUACUAAAGCUAUGUAUGAGCCCGUUGAAGAAUUACCUUCCUUGGUCAGUAACUUGCUUCUUGGGUUAAUGAAACACGGAGGUGUGCCAGCGUGGUUUGUGAGUAACUGUGGGACUCUGUGUAUGGAAGAACUCCCUGACUCGGUCCUGCUCUUCCUUUGCCAUGGAGCCCUGGCUAUGUUGGAAUGGAAGAAUGGCAGCAUGGGUGAAAAUGGAGAGAAACUAUUAUUAGAUAUCGUAUCAGUCUUGUUGUCUUUGAGUUCAGAGUUAAAAGAAGCCAGUAUGGCAACAUCUUUGUCUAGAAUCCUUGCUAUUUGGACUAGUUCAGCACUAGCACUCGUUUCAGGCUCCCCAAAUCUAAAAAUCAAACUUAAUGGGAACUCUGACGUAAUAGGGAAGCUGCUGGAAUACAUUUACACACACUGGGAACACCCUCUGGAUGCUGUUAGACACCAAACCAAACUGAUAUUCAAGAAUCUUCUUCAGAUACACCGAACCACCAUUACAGGAUGUGAUGAAAAAUCAGACCCAUUCUUUGCAAGGCUGACAAAGCAUUUACUAAGCUUGGAAUGGCAUGUGAAAGGGAAAUAUGCUUCUCUUGGCUGUCUUGUGGAGUGUGUGGGCACUGAAAAUAUACUACAGUUGGACAGAACAAUUCCAGCACAAAUCUUGGAUGUGAUGAAUGAUCAGUCUCUUGCACCCUAUGCUAGUGAUCUUCUGGAAACCAUGUUUAUAAAUCACAAAGCCCAUUUUACUUCACAUUUUCAAGAAAGCACCUGGAUUGACCAGUGGCAUGACAUCUGGGUUUCUCCCCUUCUUGUAAUACUGUGCGAAGGGGCCCAUGACCAGACUACUUAUAUAAUAGAUUACUAUUUACCAAAAUUGCUCAGCCAUAGCCCUGACAGUCUGAGCUACAUGAUUAGAAUUCUUCAGGCUUCUGCAGAUGCUAAUCUUGGCUCUUGCAGUACUAGAGGAGCUCUUGGAGCACUGAUGGCAUGCCUGAGAACUGCCAGGGCUCACAGACGCCUGGAACUUUCAAAUAUCUUGAGUCUUAUAUCCACUGAAUGUAUAAAACAGGGUCUAGUUCAUCAGCACAAUCAGGUUUGCAUUGAUGCUUUGGGUUUGCUUUGUGAAACCCAUCGUAGCACGGAAAUUGUGUCUGUGGAAGAAAUGGACCUAAUCCAAUUUUUUAUUAUGUACAACUUGAACAGCCAGUUUCCAUCAGUAAGGCAACAGAUAUGUUCUUUACUGAGAAAGUUAUUUUGUAGGAUACAAGAAAGUUCCCAGGUGCUUUUUAAAUUGGUGCAAAAUAAAACCAAGCAAGAGUUACUUGAAAACUCAACUGAAAGACAUCCUUUGGGGAUUUUGAAGCAAUAUAAAGAUUUCAUGUCAUCUGUAUGUGACAAACUUUUCGAGGCACUGUUUCCUGGUUCAUCACACCCAACCAGAUUUUCUGCACUAACUAUUUUAGGAUCAAUAGCGGAAAUAUUUUCUGCUCCAAAAGGCCAGACGCAAGGUUUUCAGUUGGAUCAGGUGAUUGAUUGUACUCGUGUCCAAACUUUGAUCCAGUGUUUUGCCAGUACUUUUGAAGAAGUAAAAGUUCUAGCAUUUGAGCUUUUGAUGAAACUACGGGAUGUUGCAUUUAAUUUACAGGUUUCUGAAAAUCUAGAUCUCCUAUUCCAAGCAGCAGUGGAUCUUAGCACAAGUACCAAACCAUAUGAUUGUGUCACUGCUUCAUAUUUGUUGAACUUCUUAGUACAUCAUAAAGGACUACAGCAUAUUUGUUUAGGAAAACAUGUUAAGCAUAAACCCCAAAUAGAUGAAAACACAUCAGUAAGUACAGUGGAGAAGAACACUUUAGCAGUUAUCAAGCUUUUGCUGAUGAAUGUUGAAGAAGAAAUAUUUCAAGCGAAGAAGUCUCUGCUUCAAGCAGCGGCAUCAUUCCCGAUGUAUGGGAGAGUGCAUUGUAUUACUGGGGCUUUGCAGCAACUACCUUUUAACAACUUGACAUUGGUAGCUGAAUGGAAGGAAAUGGUGGCCAGGCUCAUUCUGAUGUCAUAUGAACUCUCUGCUGUAGUAUCACCAGUAGUGCAGAGCUCAUCACCAGAGGGUCUUAUUCCAAUGGAUAGUGAUUCAGAAAGUGCAGGUCGCCUGCAGAUGAUUCUACAUGAGAUACAGCCACAGGACACAAAUGAUUAUUUUAUGCAAGCAAAAAUUUUGAAAGAGCACUGCGAAGUAGAGUCUGAAAAGCUGGCUGACCACAGGCCAAUGGAAAAUAUUUGCACAGAAAUAGGAGGUAAAGAAAGACAAACAUGUGAUGUCACAGCCCAAAUGGUUCUUGUAUGUUGCUGGAGAAGCAUGAAGGAAGUAUCUCUGCUCUUAGGGACACUGUGUAAACUUUUGCCUUCACAGGCUGCAUCUGAACCUUCAGAUGGGCUGAUUACUGUAGAACAGGUUAAAAAUAUUGGGGACUACUUUAAACAUCAUCUGCUGCAAUCGAGGCACAGGGGUGCAUUUGAAUUGGCAUACGCUGGCUUUGUGCAGCUUACGGAAAUGCUUUCCAGAUGUAACAGUGAGAGUCUGCGCAAGAUGCCAGAGCAGUGGCUAAGCUGUGUGUUAGAAGAAAUCAAAUCUUGUGAUCCUUCGUCUACCCUAUGCGCAACCAGACGUAGUGCAGGAAUUCCAUUCUACAUACAGGCUUUGUUAGCUUCAGAACCAAAGAAGAGCAAAACAGAUUUGCUGAAAAUGACAAUGAAAGAAUUGAUAUCUUUGGCUGCACCUGUGAGUGAAUCGUCAAGUGUAAUUCCACAGGUUCAUGCUCUAAAUAUCCUUCGGGCGCUGUUUAGGGAUACACGUUUAGGUGAAAACAUCAUGCCUUAUGUUGCAGAUGGAAUACAAGUGGCAAUUCUAGGUUUUACGUCACCUGUCUGGGCAGUAAGAAAUUCAUCUACACUUCUUUUUAGUGCUCUGAUUACAAGAAUUUUUGGGGUUAAAAGAGGGAAGGAUGAGAAUUCAAAAAAAAAUAG